UUUUCGUCGUUGGAUUCUGACGGUUCGAUUCUUAGCGGUGAGAUUUGACAGAUCGCCAAUUAUCUUUCUGUCAGGCGGGAUGUUUUGGGUGAUGAUGAUGUCAUCGAGAAAGCAAACGUCGCGACGGAGAGAGAGAGAGAGAGAGGCGAUGGAGGAAGAGGAGCACGAGGUUUAUGGGGGAGAAAUUCCCGACGUCGGAGAGAUGGAUGGUGAUAUGGAGGCUCCUAAUCCUGAUAUGGAAAUGGCUGUCGCCGAUGAUGAUGGGGCUAAGGACAAGGAAUUAGACGAGAUGAAGAAACGGUUGAAGGAGAUUGAGGACGAGGCUAAUGCUCUGCGUGAGAUGCAGGCUAAGGUCGAGCAGGAAAUGGGACCCCAAGACCCUGCUACUAUAGCAGCAAAUCAAGCAGGCAAGGAGGAGGUGGAUGCUCGAUCUGUCUUUGUUGGCAAUGUUGAUUACGCUUGUACACCCGAAGAAGUGCAGCAACAUUUCCAAUCAUGCGGCACUGUCCACCGGGUGACAAUUCUGACAGACAAGUUCGGGCAGCCAAAGGGAUUUGCUUAUGUCGAGUUUGUGGAAGUCGAAGCUAUACAAGAGGCUCUACAACUGAAUGAAUCAGAGUUGCAUGGUCGUCAAUUAAAGGUCUUGCCUAAGAGAACAAACGUACCUGGAAUGAAACAGUACCGUGGAAGACGAUUCAACCCGUACAUGGGCUACCGGUUCCGCAGACCUUUCAUGCCUCCGUAUAUGUAUUCUCCAUAUGGAUACGGGAAAGCUCCUAGGUUCAGAAGGCCAAUGCGUUACAUGCCUUAUCAAUAAAACAUGUCAUGGUGAAGCAUAUAUCGGAUUCGUAAUAUGGGUUAAAUACAUCCUUUAUUGAGCUUCUUAUAAGACUUUGGUCUCUCUCGGUUUUAAAACUUUUGCGCGUAAACAGUUUGAACUUUUUUUACUGGUGUUUAAGUUUCAUAUCGUUUUUAUUUGAAUCAUAUGAUGACUUAUUUGGCUCAUGUGUUACAUAAUGACUUUGGCCUUUGGGUCCCUUUAAUAUUAGCUGAAAUAUGUGAAAUGAAAGUAGGUUAAUUCCGUUGAUUC